GAGCGCCGCCCCUCCGGGGGGGCGUGGCUGCGCGGGGGUGCCCGCCCCGGAGCGGGGCAGGGCGGGCCAUGGCGCGGGUGCUGGUGGUGGGCGCGGGGCUGACGGGCAGCGUGUGCGCGGCGCUGCUGCGGGGGUCGGCGCUGGGCCGCAUCGCCGUCUGGGACAAGGCGCGCGGCGCAGGUGGCCGUAUGAGCACGAGCCGCAGCGCGCGGGACGCCGCCUGCAUCGCCGACCUGGGCGCGCAGUACAUCACCCUCGAGACGGAGGGCGCGGAGCCGCGCCGCAGCUUCUAUGAGGAACUUCUGUCUCAUGGCAUCUUGAAACCGCUGACUGCACCCAUUGAAGGAAUGGUAGUGAAAGAAGGCUCAUGCAAUUACGUGGCACCCCAGGGCAUGUCCUCGGUUGUCAAGUAUUACUUGAAACAGUCAGCAGGUGCAGAUGUCUUCUAUGAACAGCAUGUAACUUGCAUCUCUCUCCGAGAUGGGAAAUGGGAAGUCUCUGGGAAAAUGGGACCGCCGGAACAGUUUGAUGUAGUUGUUCUCACAAUGCCUGUACCACAAAUUCUUCAGCUGCAAGGUGACAUUGUAAACAGCUUUGUCAAGCAGUGGUGCCACGCCAUGAAAUCUUCUGGUCCUGGGGGCUGCAGAAGCUGGAGAGAAGCUGUGGAAGAGGGGAAGAAUGGAGGAGGAAGGAGAUGGCAGCCUACAGGAGACUCGCGGAGCUGGGGUAGUCCUGCCAGUGCCCUGGUCAACGCAAAAUCUUUGAAUGGCAUGAAAAGCUGGGAUGAAAGCCAGCACCUCGCCACAGGCCGGGGUGGCCGCCCUGCCAGGCUGCUCUGGAGGUUUGGCAUGGAGCCCUGUGCACCCAGGAGCCCUGGGCCCCAGGGGAGCAGCCUGGCCCGGAGGAAGGCAGAGCGAGCCUGGGCAGGGUGCUUUGCACACUGUGGCUUUCGGAACGGGCUGGCCGGGUGGCACACACACAGACAGGGGGUCUGUACCACGUCUGGAGUCCUGGGAUGAGAUGAGAGCCACCAGUUCCUCAGCUGGGACAUGCUCAGGGUGAAGCAAGAAGAAAUGACCUUGAAGAGCAGCUCUUGCAACCACCACUCUCUGGUUUUCUCUGGAGCAUGUACGAGGUUGUUCUUCCAUAGAGAGCAUGUAUGUGUGCUGCAGAAGCCCGUUCAAGGCAGUAGCAUACCAACAGCAUUCUCCAUGCUAAACUGUUAAUGGGUCUUGGUCACAGACCAGUGGUAUAACAAAUGGGAACCCUACCAUCCCACAACUUACAUGGAGGCAGCUUUGCCAAGGGAAGGUGACAGCAGAGGUUGAGGAGUCUUUGACCCAAGGCUUAGAGGAGUUCCUGAGGUCCAUGGAUCCUCCUUGGAAAGAUCUAGGUGCAGGGGUGAGGUGAGAGGCAGCUUGGCCCCCUCAACACCUUCUCAGAGGGGACAUGGGACUGGAGAGGGAAGGGGAGCUUCUUCAAACCCCAUUGUGCUCAGCCAGUCCUACCCUCCUGGGCAGGCCUAUCCUAUGGCUUCCUCUGUCAGGCAGCUCCACCACUGCCACCCCUAGUGCCAGACACCUUAUUUCUCUUCCUUUCCUCUCCCGAGCUUUCAUGGUCGAUCAGUGUUUCUUUCUGCCCCCUGCAUUUCUCUGUUCCCCAGCAUAUUUAUGUUAAAAUUUGUACAGGUUUUUCUUCAGGGCUUUUCAAGGUUUAUUUCUGAUGGCAUUUGAGAUGGAAUCUGACUUGUGAUCCUCUGGUGUGCUGGUGAUUAGGUAAGGCUGGUGUGGGUGUGGAGGUCAUGGUGGAGUGGGGGAGACCAGCCAGGAACCUCGGUUAGGAGAGCACUCUGUACGUGAGGUCACUGUUUCAGGGGAGGAGACAGAAAGCAGCCUCUGAAAUCAGUCGUCUUCAUGACAUGCAGAGUGUUGUGGUUUAACCCCAGCCAGCAACUAAGCACCACGCAGCUGCUCACUCACUCCCCGCCCCGACCCAGUGGGAUGGGGGAGAAAAUCGGGAAAAGAAGUAAAACUCGUGGGUUGAGAUAAGAACGGUUUAAUAGAACAGAAAAGAAGAAACUGAUAAUGAUAAUGAUAACACUAAUAAAAUGACAACAGUAAUAAUAAAAGGAUUGGAAUGUACAAAUGAUGUGCAGUGCAGUUGCUCACCACCCCGCCGAUCGACACCCAGCUAGUCCCCGAG